CAGGACAAGAGAGUUACCAGAGGGAAGGAGAGAAGGCAGAGGGGCAGCACCAAAGAAUUCUGCUAGCCGAGCAGGGGUGGGAAAAGACCAAGGGUAUCUCGACUGGCAUCCCGAAACCAUGGGUUUAUUAGAGUGCUGUGCCAGAUGCCUCAUGGGAGCCCCCUUUGCCUCCCUGGUAGCCACAGGCUUGUGCUUCUUGGGAGUGGCCCUGUUUUGUGGCUGUGGCCACGAAGCGCUCACGGGCACUGAACACCUGAUCGAGACCUACUUCUCCAAAAACUACCAGGACUACGAGUACCUGGUGGAUGUGAUCCACGAUUUCCAGUAUGCCAUUUAUGGGAUUGCCGGGUUCUUCUUCCUCUUCGGAGCCCUCCUCCUGGCCGAAGGCUUUUACACCACUGGCGCUGUGAGGCAGAUCUUUGGCGACUACAAGACCACCAUCUGUGGCAAGGGCCUCAGCGCUACGGUAACAGGGGGCCACAAGGGGAGGGGUUCCAGAGGACACCGUCAGGCUCACUCUUGGGACCUGGUGUGUCACUGUUUGGGCAAAUGGCUGGGACAUCCUGACAAGUUUGUGGGCAUCACUUACAUCCUGGCUGUCCUUUGGCUUCUGGUCCUCGCCUGCUCCGCUGUCCCUGUCUACGUUUACUUCAGCACCUGGACCACCUGCAACUCCAUCGCCAAUCCCACCAAGACCUCAGCGAGUAUUGGCAACCUGUGCGCUGAUGCCAGAAUGUAUGGUGUGCUGCCCUGGAACGCCUCACCAGGAAGAGUCUGCGGCCAGAGUCUCCUCUCCAUCUGCAAGACUGCUGAGUUCCAGAUGACCUUCCAUCUCUUUAUUGCUGCCUUUGCUGGUGCUGCUGUUACCCUCGUAGCCCUGCUCACAUUCAUCAUUGCUGCCACCUACAACUUUGCAGUCCUCAGACUGAUGGGAAGAGGCACCAAGUUUUAAACGUGGGAGCAAGAGAGUGCGAUUCCCUUUGCCAGAUGCUCUUCCUCCUCUAACCACCAGGCUUUAACCCAGCAAGGCGGCCACCCUGCCCCAGGCCUCCUCCUUUAACCGUACCCAGCUGCCCUCCCUCUCCCCUUCGUGCCAAUGAAGCAGGCGUGUCCCGAGGAUGGAGGAAGAGAGGCCCUUCUGCACCGCAGCCGCAGCCAUGUCCUUCGUGCUCUCGUCUCUCCUCUGAGGCUAUUUGGACUCCUCCAGGACCCCCAGGAUGGGGGCUCUCUGCUCUGCUCUGCCCGUAGGGAGAAAGCUGCCUGCUCCAAAGAAGGCACAGGUGGUCUGGUCUGGUCAGGGGUGUGUCUGUGUGGCCUGGGCUGCUGUGAGAGAGGGAAGGAAACAGGUGUUGCUGGCUAUGCUUGUUCAGGACUCUGCUCCAGAAAAGCGAGCUGUUUCCCAUGGUGGCACUAGAGGUGGAGGACAGAAGCAUAAGAAAUGAAAGCUGCACAUUUUCCCACCUUCCUGCCUGCCUUCCUGGGCAAGGGGCUUAGAGCCAGGAUCUUCCCAGGAAAAGGAAAGAGAGCACUGAGCCACCUUGCUGAUGGGUGCCCUUGUCC